AUGCUGAACAGUAGGGCGGGCGCUGCGAUCGCGGCAUGCGGGGUCGCCAUGCUGCUCCUCGUUGGCUUGAGGGCUGGAGAGGAUCAACCGACAGCUCUGGUCGCCGACAGGGCGAGCCUGAGGGACCUGGUUCGGCGGGGCAAUGAUGCGCAGGAUAUGCUCGACCAUUCGGUCAUUGCGUAUCCCAAGGGGAAGUAUGUCGACACUUCGCUAUGGCGAGACGUUCAGCUCGGCUGUGCUCAGCAGCCUGUUGCCACCACGAUCAUCUCCUCACCAUGCGCGCCGACGGGAGAGGGAGAAGUUGAAACGUACAGUCCUGAGACGACUACCACAACGACCAGCACAGCAGGUUUUCUAGACCCGUGGAGCCUCCGACAGGCUCGUUUAGAAGCCACCGCGAAAGAAGUUCGGCAUGUCGAUGUUGAAACGCAUCUGCAAAGGGAUCUCGAACGACAGAUGAACAAAAUCCAUCUGCUGAAGCUGGCGUUGAAGUCCAAGAUCAAAACUCUGCAGAAGAGUGUUCACCAGGCUCCAAAGGACGACGACGACGACCCUCUUUGGAAAGGCGUCGACCUGCACCUGACCCAAGCAGAUCUGACCCCUCCGACUGAUGAGCAGCGGCAGGCGAGUCCUGGACAUGUGCAGGUCACGGCGAUGAUAUUGUCAGACCCGAAGGCUGAGCUGAAGGAGCUGAAGAAGCUGGACUACUUGCGCGGUAGCUCGAGACGCUUCAAGGGGCGCGAGGACGAUGGGAAAGAGAUCGACAGGACUGAACAAGAAGAAAUCUCGACUCUAACUCCCCCCUCAUCGUCCCUGUUCUGGGAGUGGGAGCCUUCGCUGCACUACCAUGACCUCGGGCCGGAUGGAAAGCCAGUCAAGACAAGGACAAGAGUCGUCGAAAGGAGAAGCAGCAAGCCUGCUCCUACCAGAGGCCGCAGGCCGCAGCCGAUUGCACGGAAGAGAAAGGAGCAGCCCACCGUGACCCAUCGGGUGAAGUCGAACGCCUGCUUCUUCUGCAGGGACGCAGAGAAAUACUUGAAGGACAGCGCUCGACCGGACAGUCGGGGCAGCAAAGACGCUGACCCGAGCUCUGAGCUUCCCUUCUUCUCGUCGGACUGGAAGGAUGCGCAGGAGGGAGCAGAUUUCGUCAAGUCGUUCCCCAACACGAAAGACCUGAGAGUGCUGGACUGGUUGGGAGCUGAGGCUGAUGAGGAGAGCCCGUACGACGGAACGAAAGACAGCAUGAGCGCUACCGGCGCUAUCUCGUCGAUCCCCUCCGGCUACUUUGACUUCCCUAAGGCCUCGGGGUACUACACGCACUAUGGCGGGUGGUAG